CCAGCUCAGGAGGGGCAGAUACUCGCCCAAUGGCCGACCUCCAGACCUCCCUCACUCCCACCAUCCUGGCUACUGCCAGCGUCACCGGCGUCGCUCUCCAUCUGUUCCUUUUCAAAAGAGUCGAGGUCGACAAACGGCCGGUGUCGACGGGCGCGUCGUUCAUCGUCGCAUAUUUUCUCCUUGCCUUGGCCCUCCCCAGCCUGAGCGCAGAGUACAAUGCCAACCUCCCAUGGGCGCUGAUUGUCGCGGGGCUCGCGUGGUGGUGCCUGGUGCUCUCACUGUGUGUGAGUAUUCUGAUCUAUCGUGCGUUCCUGCAUCCCCUGCGCAAAUUCCCUGGUCCGUUCGGGGCCAGACUCAGCAAAUUCUGGGCCUUGAAUAAGGUCCUGGAGACCAAGUGUGGAUGGUAUCGGAUUCUGGAUCAGUUGCAGCAACAAUACGGCGACUACGUGCGUACAGGCCCUCGCGAGCUUGUAAUUUUCGAUUCGGCCGCCAUCACGCCGAUCCUGGGAUUUGCGUCUGUCACGGGAAAAGGCCCCUUUUACGACUCGAUGGAAACGUCGGUCAGUACAACCCGGGAUCACGCAUUUCACCGACAGCGCCGUAAGAUCUGGGAUCUCGCAUUCAAACAGUCGCUGGCCGAUUAUGCCCCUCGCAUCGAGGAGUUUACGAGUCAAUUGCUCUCUCGCAUUGCCCGGGAUGGCGCCAAGGGCCCGAUCUUGGUGAAUGAGGUCUGUAUCCAUUACAGCUACGACGUUAUGAGUGCGCUGGCGUUUGGGGACCCGAUGGGGUUUAUCCAAGGGGACUCCAAUGCCGUCGCAAACUCGGUGCUGAACAAUAUCCAGAACGGGGUGGACGCCAUCGGGCUUCUGCUGCAUGUGCCCUGGUUGAUGGGGAUGUUGACCACCUUCUCCUGGGCAAUUGGGCCCAUGCGCCAAUGGAACGAAUACUCCGAGGGGCUUGUAGAGCUCCGCAAGAAGAAACGAGAUCCGCAACCAGAUCUCUUCGGUCACCUCUUGGAUAAUACUGACGACACCCGCAGCGGGCGCUCUCUACUCAACUCAGAAUGCCGCUUGAUUGUGGGUGCUGGAAGUGACACCACGGCUACGGCGUUGACAUUCAUCUUCGUCAAUCUAGCAUUAUACCCGCAAUGGCUUCAAGCACUGCGCGAUGAGAUGGACCCAAUCUUCGCCACCGCGAGUUUUGAAUGUACGCGAUCUCGCCCUGUGCUCGAUGCGGUGAUCCAGGAAAGCAUGCGUCUUCACCCGUCGGUGUUUUUUGGUUCGCAGCGUGAGACUCCCGCGCAGGGAAUGCGUAUCGGAGAUAUGUACAUUCCAGGCCAUACCAUUAUUUCCAUUGCAGGAUAUCAGGUGGCAAGAGAUGAGCGCAACUUUGUCCGCGCGAAAGAAUUUCUCCCGGAACGAUGGUAUUCCCAGCCAGCAUUGAUUCUUAACAAAGGCGCAUACAUGCCUUUCCUUGUCGGCCCCUUCAACUGCGCCGGGCGGAAUAUGGCCAUGAUGGAGCUGCGCUCGGUCGUCGCCCGUGUGGCAUGUGAAUUUGACAUCACAUUUCCCCCCGGGAUGGACUUUGAUGCCCACGAUUAUUUCCAUCGCGUCAAGGAUCACUUCAUUGCAGGUGCACCAGCACAAAAGUUGGUGUUCUCAAAGAGAGUCAAGGAUUGAUAUGGGGCAUCUCAUGCAAUUGUCUUAUGCAGUUUAAUCAAUAUAAAUAAUAUACUUACACUUAUAUGAGCCCGAUACUCAUUGCAGCUCCUCACCAG